AUGGCUGAGCAAGAUGGAUUCAUCCACCUCGGACGUCCCCUUCCUGCGGUGGGCGCACAACCAACCAUUGCUCCUCUUCGUGUUGUGAUACAACCUCAAGCCCUUUUCUCAGUUCUCGAUCACUGCACCCGGCGACCCCUCGAUCAACAGCGAGUCAUCGGGACCCUGCUCGGAACUCGUUCGGACGCCGACGAGUCGCAGAUCGUUGUCCACUCCUCUUUCGCAGUCAGCCACACCGAGACUACAGACCAGGUUGAGGUGGACAUGGAGUAUCAAAAGGCAAUGCUGGCACUACAUCUUCGAGCCAACCCCAAGGAGGUCUUGGUGGGCUGGUACGCGACCAGUUCGGAAUUGAAUACAUUUUCGGCUUUGAUCCAAAACCAUUACAGCAGCCAGGGUGAAGGUACCUAUCCGUACCCAGCAAUCCAUGUCACAGUGUCAUCCGAGCCCGGCAAAGAUAUUGAGGUUAGGACGUACAUUUCGGCCUCCGUCGGCGUGAGCCCGGAACGAGCCGCAGAUUCUGCUGCGUUCAUUCCCAUUCCUUACACGGUCAACUAUAGCGAGUCCGAUCGCGCUGGUCUUCAAGGCCUUGAGAAUGCAAAAGUGCAGGACAACCGAACGGCGACAAUUCUUACGGAAAUCGAAGACUUGGAGCGAUCGUUGGAAGAUACUCUCGGCUUGUUGGACCGAGUCUCCAAGUACGUGGAGAAUGUGGUUGAAGAGGAGACAGAGCCCUCAACGGCAUUAGGACAGUUCCUUCUAAACACCCUGGCAUUGGCGCCCAAGGUUGACCCUGCGGACAUUGAGAAGGAUUUCAACAACCACAUCCAAGACGUCUUGACCGUGUCAUAUCUCGCCAACAUGAUUCGCACACAGAUGGAUUUGUCCAACAGACUAGCAACGGCGCAACUCACAAUGGGUGGUGGCGAAGCGUCGGGCGCAGCUUCGACAGAAAAGGACGGACGCAGACAGAACAGGCAAGGCGGGCAGACCAGGCAAAACCGAGCAGAGAGUUUGUCAUUAGCGAAUUUGUGA